AUGCUUGAUUCCAUCAUGACACGCUCGGUGGUUCCAUGCUCCUAUGUACCGACUAUCACCUCACCGUACUCAAUCCCACACAUCCCAGGUGUUCACUGUGGGUUUCGACACAACGAGGCGUCCCGCCACACGGAGCGCUUGUGCAACAGAUGGGCCGCAGCGGCGGCGGCGGCAGCGGCCGCGGCUAUCAAGGCCAGAGCUCCCCCUUGCCGGUUCUACGCCAGAGGGCUGUGCACCAAGGGCAAGGCGUGUCCCUUUUUCCACGCGCCCUCCGCCCAGCAAGCGCCAGCAGAGCGAACGGCUCCGGAGAGCAGCCGGCGGCCAGCCCCUACCACUCUUCGAGGUGCGGCGGCAGCGGCCCGAAAGGCUGCCGCUGCGUCCGGAGCGCGUGCCGCUUCGGGCGAGGAGUGGAGGCAGCAGAAGGGCGGAGCUGCGGGGAAGCGUGAAGCUGGCGGGACAGAACGUCCUAGGAAGACAGUGGUGAAGAAUAGUGGUGGCGGCCUUGGUGUGUCGGUGGAAGCGGAUCCUGCAGCGAAGAGGCGGGCGGCGGAGAUACUCCAGAAGCACAGGCUGACUUCGAGUACACCGGCCAAGGAGGCGGGAUCGCGAGGGGGGAUGCACGUUAAGGGGGCAACUCGGACUCAACCCAGCGACAAGAAAAUCUGCACAGAUACCUCGGGACAGCGGCAGCCGCGGCCGCCAACUGGUCGUCAUAGCGGCCACAGCUCUACGGCAUUAGCAUCACCACCAGAAGCAGCAGAGGCAUUGUCGAAGGGCCGCACGAUUCCGGCGGACAACAACGGCAAGAAUACUGGGGCGAAAACAGGGAAAAGAGUAGGAGAGCAGGAAGAGGCAGCAGGAGCGGAGGAGGCCCCCGCUUGUGAGGGCGCAGUUUUGCACGCCCCCUCCCCCAAGAAGCAGGCGAUUGAAGAAACACCCCCGACAACAGCACGGGCUGCAACGAAAGCGUUGGGAACAUUGCAAAACACUGGAAGGGCAGAGGGGGCAACGCCAACGAGUCGCAAACCCGCGGAUGAGCAGCAGCAGCAGCAGCAGCACGUUAGUGCUGGCAACGACGCCCCCGCCGUCCCAACAUCAUGUGCUACAACGGCCGCCGUCGUUGCCAACGACAAAGAGGAAAUACUUCCUAGCCGAAGCGGCAGUGCUUAGGUCUGCGU